CCCCCUCCGGGCUGCCGUCACCGGGGCUGCUGGACCGGAUCAACUCGGCACCAAACAACCAGCCGCCGGGCUGCUGCUGCUGCUGCUCCUCUGUGCUGAGAGAAGACCCGGUGCAGACAGGAGCCUCCCCGCACCGCCUCUCACACUGUUUUCUUCUCUCACCGUCAACGACAUGGCCUCCGACGGCAUGGACGAGAGAUCUCCGCUGCUGUCGGGCCCGAACUCCGAGAACGUGACCCCCACUGCUCCCCCGUACCUGCAGGAUCCGAGCCCCCGAGCCGAACUACCUCCUCCUUACACAGCCAUCGCCAGCCCAGACGCCGGCGGCGUGCCCGUCAUCAACUGCCGUGUCUGCCAGUCGCUCAUCAACCUCGACGGGAAGCUGCAUCAGCAUGUGGUCAAGUGCACCGUCUGCAAUGAAGCUACGCCCAUCAAAAACCCUCCAACAGGGAAGAAAUAUGUGAGGUGUCCCUGUAACUGCCUGCUCAUCUGUAAAGACACAUCCCGGAGGAUAGGAUGUCCUCGACCAAACUGCAGACGCAUCAUCAACCUGAGCCCGGUGAUGGUGAUCCCAGAGGAGCAGCCUGCCCAGCCCGCUCUGCCCAUCCAGCCAGAAGGGAUGAGAGUGGUCUGUGGUCACUGUGGCAACACCUUCCUGUGGAUGGAGCUUCGGUUUAACACGCUAGCCAAGUGUCCCCACUGCAAAAAAAUAUCCUCUGUUGGCAGUGCACUUCCCAGGAGGCGCUGUUGUGCUUAUGUUACAAUAGGACUGAUCUGCAUUUUCAUUGGAGUGGGCUUAACUGUGGGCACUCGGAGCUUCGCUGUCCGUUACAACGCCACCUACGUCUCCUGGGCGCUGGCCUACCUGCUGGGCCUCAUCUGUCUGGUACGAGCUUGCUACUGGGGCGCCAUCAAAGUCAGCUACCCCGAGAACAGUUUCUCCUAGAGGCGGGGGUUCCAGGUUCGGCGUGGCACGGCUUGGAGAACAGACCUCCACUUUAAGUUGUUUCAUCGUGUUCAAAUUUUCAACCCAGUCAUGUUCAGCGGAGUGGAGCGCCUGCAGAGUAUGUUUGGAGAGAGAUACUGUACGUUUGGAGGGUUGCUUCCUGUUUGGGGGAUGCAUCUUGUUGUUGUUUGUGUGUGUUUUUAGAAAGUUUUACUCACUGAACAAACCUACUGUGUGUCAAUCAGUCCACAUCGACUCAAAUCCAGGUCCAGGUUUAGCCAAAAUCCAUCAAAAUCCAGAAUCAAGACCUUCAAUAAAAACUGUGAUUUGCCUUGAUGAAUGCCAAAAUUAGCUUAGUUGUAAAAGUAGUCUGGCAAGCUGGUUGGAUUUGGUCUUUCUGGUCUAGUUAUUUAAUUUAAUUUUUCCACAACUUGACUCUUGACUCGUACCAGACCAAAAUGAGACGACCUCCUAACGAUUUGUUUUUCCCAUUGCACUACGAUUAUAUGCAAUUGUGUUAUUUUGUCGCUGCUAGUUUGACUCCAGCUGCAGAUCCAUAUACUGUAAUGUAACCUUUGCCUGUGUACACUGACAUAGUAUCGCUAUAUGAUUUUAACUGUCGACAUGAUCAACUCCUCCUUAAAUACCCACGUGUGCCAACUUUGCUGCCCAGUAUUAGUCCAGUAGAGCAUCAGAUCAACAGGAGUGUGUUUUUAUUCAAGUAUUUCCUUCUUUUUGUGCCAUGCAGCUUUUCAUUCAAAACAGCAAUAACCCUUUGAUUUGAACCUCCCUGUGUUCUUUGCUGCGUUUUUUGUUUCCGUCUCACUGAGGGAACAUGAAAACAUGUUUGCAUGUCCUGCCACCGGGGUUGUGUUUCUUUCCUGUUUCAGAGAGCUAGCUGAAGCGUUUGAUGCUCUUGUCUUUGCUCCUUUUACCUGUGAGUUAGAAUGUAACCCAUCCUUUUCCUCCUCCUCCUCCUGACGCUUCUAUUGCUGCUCUCUGACCUCCAGUGAACUCUGUGCUAGCUAGCUAGAUUGCUGUAGGCUAACUCAGCAUCCUGUCUCUUGACCUAUACCAGUCUGCAAUCUUCUAACCUUGUUUUGAAUGUGAUGAUGAUGAUGAGGAUGACGAUGAUUAAGGAGAAAAUAUAUAAAAAGAAACUUUGUAAAUAGUUCAAAUUCAGUACUUUGAAAACUGUAAUGAGAGGAUGAAGGAGCGGAGACGUGGGUCUUUUUAAAAUGAUAAUUUAUCAAUAAAAAGCAAAAACCUG